CCUCACUCACCAUGGGCGUGCCAGAAUCACCCACAGCAUCCGACAAGAUUGACGGGUCGGUCAACGUACUCGAGGCGGGAUCGACCAACUCGAACCUCGGCCCCGUGCCGGUGCGCAAGUUCAGCCCCAUGCGCACCCUAAAGUCGCUGGGCAGCAAGGAUGCCUGGCUUGGUGACUACGACUACGGCUCGCUGUUCAUCCCCAACAUGCCGUGGUCCAAGACGAAGCGCGAGCUGCCCUUCUAUGGUGUGCACGACAAACUGCCCUAUCUUCUAAUGAUCAUCCUGGGCCUUCAGCAUGCCCUCGCAAUGGUCGGUGGACUCGUCGUCCCACCCCUCCUGCUUGGCGGCGGCGCUGGCGCCAACCUCGGCCCCGAAAUCCAGCAGUACCUCAUCUCUGGCAGUCUGAUCUGGUGCGCCAUCGGCACGGUGGUGCAGGUGUCGCGCGUCCGGAUGUUUGGCACCAAGUACUACCUCGGCACGGGCAUCAUCAGCGUCACCGGCACAUCGUUUGCGUUUGCCAACGUCGCGCUGCAGUAUCUUGCCCAGAGCUACGCCAACGGCACCUGCCCGACCGCCGCUGAUGGGACACACCUGCCGUGCCCAAAGGAAUACGGCGCGAUCCUCGGCACCACGACGCUCACCGGCAUUCUCGCCCUCGGCCUGUCCUUUGUCCCACCCAAGAUCAUCCGCAAGGUUUUCCCGCCGCUCGUGACGGGCACCAUGAUUGUGUUCAUGGGCGCGUCGCUCGUUAUCGCUGGCGUCAACAACUGGGGCGGUGGCUCGGGACCGUGUCGCAACGACCCGACCCUCAAGUGCAUUGCCGGCUCCCAGGCGCACCACUGGGGCUCGGCCCAGUUCCUCGGUCUCGGCUUUGCGUGCAUGGCAAUGAUCAUUAUCUGCGAGAUCUUCGGCUCGGCCUUCUUCAAGUCGGCCGCCGUGUUCAUCGGCCUGCUCACUGGCCUCAUCAUCGCGGCGGCCACCGGAUAUUUUGACAAGAGUGCUAUCAAGGCGGCGCCGGGCGGCACGUUCCUGUGGAUGCACACGUUCCCGCUCGGCCUGCGCGGACAGCUCGUGUUGCCCAUGCUCGCGACGUGGUGCGUCAGUGUCGCCGAGACGAUCGGCAACAUCACCGCAUCGAGCGAUGUCUCCAGGCUCGAAAUCACCGGCAAGGUCUUCGAGUCGCGCGUGCAAGGCGGCAUUCUGGCCGAUGCGCUGAGUGCUAGCAUCGCCGGCCUCGCUACCGUGCCCGCUCUCACGACCUUUGCGCAGAACGCCGGAGUGAUCGCCCUUACCCGCAACGCCUCGCUGCAGAGUGGCUACAUGUGCGCGUUCUUCCUCUUCCUCAUGGGCGUCAUUGGCAAGUUUGGGGCCAUCUUCGUCGCGUGCCCGCCAAGUGUCAUCGGAGGCUUCACGACAUUCCUGUUCGGCUCAGUGUCGGUGUCUGGUAUCCGCGUUCUCGCCUAUGCCAAGUGGUCUCGCCGAGACCGCUUCAUCGCGACCCCAGCCUUUGCCCUCGGCCUGGCCUCGCUCUGUGUGCCCGACUGGUUCGACCACAUCUUCACGUACAAGGGCAACAACAAGGGCUUGUCCGGUUUGAUCCAGGCCGUCGUGUUGGUGGUUGCGUCCCCAUACCUCAUCGCGGCGCUUAUCGCCGCUGUCCUCAACUGCACACUGCCGAGCGACAUGGAGGAGGAGCAGCAUGCUUCCACUGAGGAGGAGCGGCAGACUUGGAACCAGCCAGGGUCGAUUGCGGAUCGUACCGAGCCCGGUGUCUAGGGAUUGAGUAUCGAGUCGUGGCCGUUGUAUUGCAGAUGAUGAUGAACUGGGGUUUGCUCGUGGAAACCGC